UGUGUGUACGGCCGGUGUGCAGGAGGUGCAGCCGGGAUGCUGCUGACAAUAAAGUAGUCGGCUGCUCAUGCCAAACUGCUCUGCGCUAUUAGACAGUCAUAAAGGAGGGGGAGGUGAAAUAAGCUGUUGUGUCCAUUAUCAACAUGCACGAGUCCGGACACAUUAUGCGUGACCGCCUCCUGUCCUGACAGCCCUGCAGACAGCGCGGUUUUGCGCCGUGACGGAGACGUCCGCUGUCCCCGGUUACCGAAGGCUCAUCCGACGUGCCCGCCUGCUGCAUGGGUCGCUCUGAACCCAGACCACCACCAAAUCCAUCUUAGACUCUCUGUGACACACCAGUCGCAAUUGAUUGACGUGCGAGCCAGAGGGAGGCUGAGGCUCUUCCUCUUUGGAAUUUAUGAGAUCACCUUUACGGUUCACCUUGGAAUUAAAAAAAAAAACCGCACAAAAGGUUGAUGGAUAGCAUGCAGCAAAGACAAAUCAGCGCUGACCCCUGUGGGCCACAAGUGCAAGCCGGCCCCUGCACACUGAUCGCUCCCAGUCCAAGUUUACCUCCACAGUUCACAUUCGGCCCACCUGAGGUGCUCAAGAAGCAGGCUGGAUUGAGCCCUUUGCAGGUUGCAGUUGUGCCCAUAAAACCGAUAGACCAAAUGCAGUCCGGACAGGAAAAAUCUGGGUCUAGUCCAGUGCCACUGUCAAGCAUAAGCCGCCCUAGACCGACUGCUCUUGGAACUAAACCAGCCCCUAAGAUGCCAUCAUCGGACACCUCCAAGGAAAUAGAUUUGAUCCCAGUUUGUAUCCCAGGACCUCGGAACGCUAACUUCCUGCAGCAUUCCCCGACAGAGUCCUCUUUACCUGUUCACAGUCCUCAAAGUCCCCACAGCCCGCAGUCUUACAGCAGCCAGCCUUACCUGGCCCCUAACCCCAGCCCCACCUCAAACCUCAGCCCCAAAUCCGGCUUCAGCCCUCAGCAGCAGAGGGCAGCUUCACCUGGGAGCUCCACACAGAGCCAAGUGCAGGCGGAGAAGUCCGGAGGAGAGAACAAGGACUUCAGGGUGUACAUCAUCACAUGGAACGUCGGAUCUGCUGUCCCACCAGAUGACAUAACCCCUCUGUUUGGACCAAAUGUUUCAGAUGGCAGCGUUGACAUGUUCAUCAUCGGACUCCAAGAAGUCAACUCCAUGAUAAACAAGCGGCUGAAGGAUGUUCUUUUCUCUGACCAGUGGAGUGAGCGGUGCAUGGACACACUCAGUCCUUUUGGAUACGUUCUGGUGGCGUCCCAGCGUAUGCAGGGAGUGCUGUUGCUGGUUUUCUCUAAAUUCUGCCAUCUUCCAUUCCUCCGAGGCGUGCAGACACAGAGCACACGCACAGGACUCGGGGGAUACUGGGGGAAUAAAGGUGGCGUCAGUGCCAGGAUGACGAUGUUUGGCCACCCGGUGUGCUUUCUCAACUGUCACCUGCCGGCUCACAUGAGGAACCUGGAGCAGCGGAUGGAGGACUUUGAAAGCAUCCUGCAGCAGCAGCAGUUUGAAGGAGGGUUGGCCACGGGUGUACUGGACCACGAUGUUGUGUUUUGGUUUGGUGAUCUAAAUUUCCGUAUUGAAGACUACGACAUCCAUGUGGUGAAAUGUGCCAUCGACAGCAACAAGCUGCCUCUUCUGUUGGAGCGAGAUCAGCUCAACAUGGCUAAAAACACAGAGUCCAUCCUGGAGGGCUUCUUAGAGGGGUCACUCAAAUUCCCACCUACAUAUAAGUUUGAUGUGGGCACUCAUACAUACGACACCAGUGCUAAAAAGAGGAAACCAGCCUGGACAGAUCGAAUCCUCUGGCGCCUCCGUCGCACCGGCUCCCCAGUCCCGACCCACAAUGCAGCACUACAGCGAGGUCUGACCUCCUGGUUAGGUGGGGCAACCAAAGUGACGCAGCAUGUGUACCGAAGUCACAUGGGCUUCACCAUCAGUGACCACAAACCUGUUUCUGCGACAUUUUCUCUCCAUUUCCCAUUCAAGGUGGAGGUACCCCUGGUGGAGCUGCAGGUCAACAAGGACUGGAGUAGAGUCUCAGAUGCCACAGUCAGAUUCACUGUUGCAUCAACCUAUCAGCGCAGCUCAUGGGACUGGGUGGCGAUAUACAAGGUGGGAUUCAGACAUCACAAAGACUAUCAGGCAUACAUAUGGGUCAAAGGAGAGCAUACAACUCAGGUGACAUUUUCAGAGGAGGAUUUACCAAGAGAUGACUGUGAAUACAUGCUGGGUUACUAUAGUAACAACAUGAACAGUAUCGUUGGAUUGUCAACAUCAAUUCAGAUCAAGAUCCCGAUCCACAGCCCCACCAGUCGUCGCUCUGACAGCUCAGAUGUCAGCUCAGAAGACGACAGCACUCUGGUCCUUCUGGUUCCGUGUUCCCGCAGUCCUAGCCCAAAAAACGGCAAACACCACCAUCGCCACCGUCGCAGUCGCAGCCCCGCUGUUCCAGCUCUCUCCUCCAACCCGCUCCCCUCCCUGCAGGGCCUCAGCCUCCACCCUCGCUGCAAAGAAGGACAGUCCCACAGCCGCUCUCCAUGCUCUGUUGCUAAGAAGGAGCGGCUGGUCUCCCCCGAUACUGUACAGUCUCCCACCAUCAGUCCGCUCAGCCCCCGCAGCCCUGUGUCUCCAGGAGGUGGGGUGACUGCACCGGAGGCCCUCAUCGCGGCCAUCAUAGGUGAACACAGACCAGCUCAGGUUAGCCCCACUGGGGUCAAACAGAUAGGGAAAGCAGGAGAAACAGACAAUGCAUAGAAUAUCAGUAACUAAAGUGGAAUUACAGUAUUUUUAAACAUAAGCCCUAUUUUUACAGAUUUUGAGGUGUUAAUGACGAAAAAUUUAUACAAUUUUUUGGCUUGCUUUAGAAGAUUGCUUCAGCCAGCAGCCUUGAAUCAGGCCUUAAUGGCUGAAACUUAUUCCUUUGGGGCACAUAACCCAAUCGAAGUGUGUCAACAAAAAGUGUUUUAUUUACCACUGAGAUGCAGAGAUUGUUAUUGUAUGUGUCUUACAACAUCACAGAAAGCAUCCCUACAGAGUUGAACCUUUUGUCAAAGCACAAGAUGCCUUUUUUCAAACAGGAAACAGCCGCUACGUCGCUCUCUUCUGAGCCUCCGGACUCAGUUAACUAACAAAUCAUUUUAUUUGGCAGAAAGUUAGACCUGCUAGUUUACUAUUUAAAUAACCCAAAGUCCCACAAAAACAAACUAAUCAAACAAGGCAUCAGAAGACCAGCAACCACUGUGUUCUGCAAGCUAGAAGCACUGUUUUUCUUUACAGUUGUUCUUGAUCUUGAAAAGUAUUUUCUUAUACUGUCACAUAAUGGUUUGUCUCUGUAGGGAUGCUCUCUGUAAUGUAGUCAGACAAUAUGAGCCUUUUUAUGGCAAAAAAAAAAGUGGCUCUAUGUAGAUUUUGCGCAUUUCCCCAAAAGAUUCUGUAGCAGCCAUUAGAGCCUGUUCUCCGUCUGCUAGAUGAUGCAAUUUAAGGCAUCGAAAAUUUUUCGUUUUUAUUUGUCAUGGAGUCUGCAAAAUAUGGAAAAAUAGGAACCAGGUUUAAAAAAAAAAAAGGAAAAAAAAAAGGGUGGUGAACAAGGAGAACAACUGCAAUAUCCAUGCAUUAGGAUUCUGAUCUGAUCGUACGGAGUCGGUGUGCUCGUAGAAACGGCACAUUUAAAGACUUCUAAUGUAGUUUGCAAACAUUCCGCGUUGUAGCCCUGCAGUUCUCUGUUUCUGAAUCUCCCAUCUUCACAAUCUCAUACACUGUGUGUAUCAGGGAGUCACAGAUGUGUCCAGACUCCCGAUAAAGUGCUUUUAUAGACUCAUAAGCUAUAUCAUACGUAAACAAACAUAUUGAAUGUGAAACCAAAGUCAGAGUAAACCUGUGAUGGAUAUGUGGUCAGUUUUUAUUGUCAGCAAUAAGGAUCCUUGUGAACAGUCUCAUAUUAAAAUAAGGACCCUGGAUCGUGUGUGUGUGUGUGUGUGUGUGUGUGUGUGUGUGUGUGUGUGUGUGUGUGUGUGUGUGUGUGUGUG